AUGGCUGCGUUCCUUCUUAGCGCGCUUGCUCUCGUGUCUGCCUCUCCCAUCGACGACCGCGAUGCGCUUCGAAAGGAGCUGUCCGCGUGGAAGGCCAGCGACGCCGGUGUCUACGCGGCCGCCAACGGUCUUCUUCGCAAGCACCUUGACGGUGCGAGCGAGGACGCGGAGCUCGCCGUCUUCGCCGCCAACAAGGCUGCAGCGGUCGCGCUUCAAGAGGCGCACCCGCUCGCCGAGUUCUCGGUCGACACGCCGUUCGCUCUGCUGACAAGCGACGAGUUUGCCUCGCAUGUCGGAACGCCGUCGCCUGCGCGCAACGCAUCGGCGCCGUCCGCGUCGUCAGAAGGCAUCUCGGUUGCAACGAACACGGUCGACUGGCGGACGUCGGGCUGCGUCGCGCCGGUCAAGACGCAAGGCGGGUGCGGCUCGUGCUAUGCGUUCUCUGCCGUGGCGGCGACAGAGAGCGCGUACUGCCUCGCGCACCAUCGCCGGCGCACGCUCUUCUCCGAGCAGCAGACGACGAGCUGCGGGCCUGGCAACGGCUGCCAGGGCGGCUUCGAGUUUGACUCGCUCAAGUGGAUCGCUACCAACGGCCUCUGCACGAGCGAGGCGUACCCGUACACGAACGGGCAGAGCGCGGCGGCGCAUCCGUGCCAGUCGACGUGCCAGAAGCUUCCGAUGCCGUUCCUCGACGUGCCCCUCGUCCGAGGCGAAGACGCGCUCGAGAAAGCGCUCAACACGCAGCCCGUGGCCGUGGCCGUCGCCGCGGGCAACAGCGCGUGGCAGCUGUACAAGCGCGGCAUCUUGACGGGCGGCUGCGACGGCGACAUCAGCCAUGCCGUCCUCGCGGUCGGGUAUGGUGCCGCCGAGUCGCCGUACUUUAUGAUCAAAAACUCGUGGGGCAAUCGGUGGGGCGAAUACGGCUUCAUGCGUCUCCAGCGUGGCGUCGGCGGCCACGGGUUGUGCCGCAUCGCCGAAGACAUUUCGUACCCCGUGCUCCGCAAGCCGCAGUUCUACCUCGUCACCUCCCACGGCCACGUCAUCACCGAAUUUUACUCGGACCUCUACGCGUCAUCGUCGACCAAGUCGGGCGCGAUGAACGAAGAGUGGAGCUACGACUUCACGACGCGCCAGAUCAUCGUGCACUCCAACUACGAGUGCCUCGACGCGUACAACGACGGCGGCACCUACCGCGUCCACACGUACAAGUGCGACGCGA